AUGCAAUUGCCUAACCAACUUGGACCUGUGAACAACGACUUUGUACGAACCCGUAUGACGAACGAUGGUUACGUUGUGGCCAACGUCGAUUACUCGAACCUCGAAAACCCGGCGACCAAGACACCGCUGUCCUUCAAUGUGGAAAGGGCAGUAGCAACUAACAAAUACGAUCCUCCCACUUCCUAUCGCAUGGUAGACGGCUGGGUUGCCAUUCGUGUCAAGGACAAUGCAGUUGACGGGGUAAUUCAACUCCCUACAGUUGUUGGCGGCACCCCUCUAUACGUUGGUCGAUUUAGUGGACCUUGUAUGAAGACUGUUGCCAAUAUCCCAGUUAGGAGCUGA